ACUACAUCACCCAGAGGGCAGUGCGGCGGUGAGCAGCGGGGCCUGCUGCAGCAGCACACAGGACACAUCAAGUUCAUUGAGUGACUGGCAUGCUGGGAACUGGAGGGAGUCAUGAGUCUGUGCCAGUAUCUGUGGAGGGCAGCGGUGAGGGGUCAGCCGCUCCUGUACUGCCCGCCCCACAGCUGGAGGGCGCCCUCCAUCGGCCGGGUGCAGCACUUCUUCACAGGCAGGCGCUUGCCCCAGGUUCGGGAGCAGAACAAGCGCACUAAUCUGCAAGUCAAGGCUGAAGGGGCCCCUCCACUGACCGCAGCCCAGAAAGUGAAAGAAGCGGGAAGAGACUUUACCUAUCUCAUUGUGGCUCUUAUCGGGGCAGGAAUUACCGGAGGACUUUUAUAUGUGGUGUUCACAGAACUGUUUUCUUCAUCGAGCCCUAGUAAAUUAUAUGGAAAUGCAUUUGAGAAGUGCCGAAAGCACCCCGAGGUUAUUGGAGCUUUUGGUGAACCUAUCAAGGCAUUUGGAGAGACCACAAGGCGUGGAAGAAGACAGCAUGUUGCCUCCAGUGAGUACCUGAAAGAUGGCUUGAGGUGCAUGCGGUUGAAGUUCUACAUUUCAGGUUCAGAGCCAAGAUUGCAAGGAGUCGUGCAUGUGGACUUGAAGGAGAACCCACAAAGCAAGAAGUAUGAAUUUCAGUAUAUAGUGGUUGACAUCGACACUAUUCCACGCAGAACCAUUGUUGUGGAGGAUAAUCGGUAUAUGGAUUAGGAAAGUACUGUGGUAAUGAAAAAGCUUUUCUGGAGUGUUGGAAGCCAUAAGGCUUGCUUUGGCAGGAAAUGUAAUGCCCAGGAUGAGCUGCAAAUGAAUCGUGAUCCGUUUGUUUGGAAGAAGGGAACUGAAAUGAAUCAUGUACCACUGGCAUAUGAAGACUCCUUGACCCUUUAUGCCCACAACAGAAAUCUUGUGCCAGAUACACACAUUGUUCAUAUUGUGAUUUUUUAUUUAUUUUUUUUUUGCAUCUUAACUAUGUGCUUUUUAUGUUUUGAAAGGGGUUGUCUGUUAUUAUAUAUUAUUAUUAUUUUUAUUUUAUUUAUUGAUAACCUAUCCUCAGGACUCCCGGAACCCCACCGAUUAGCUGUUUGAAGAAGAGGAGGCGCUUGUACCAGGCUCUUCGAUGUUACAACUGCAGCAGUGAGCAGGUGUAGUUACAGCAACACCGUCCCAUUCACUUCAAUGCAGCAGCUCCUUCCUGUUCAGGUGAAUAGCAUGAAGCCGUCCUAUUGAAGUGAUUGGGGAUGGAGCAGUUGUAAUUACAGCUGCUCACUGCUGCCGUUGCAACAGCAAGCAGGUAAACAGUAAAGAGAAGGCAACGCUCCUACAAGUGCCUCCUCCUCUUCAAACAGCUAAUGGUGUUGGGAGUCGGAUCCCCCGCCGAUCUGAUAUUGAUGACUGAUCCGGAGGAUAGCUAAUCAAUAUAAAAAAAAUAAAGUGGACAACCCUUUAAGAACAUCGGGGCAUUAAAAUCACCUUAUGCACGGUAAUUAAUUGUAUGCAAACAUGACCGAUCUGGAGAAUAAAGGAUGAGAAUGUUUUGUUA